AUGAAUAUCUUUCUAUUUCUAUUGUUUAUUAAUUCAAUUAAUGCACAACUUAAUUUAUAUCUUGAUUCCGUUUCUGUUGAACAAUUAUAUGAUUUAAAUGGACAUCAAUUAUAUUUUAUCAAUGAAAAUCAAAUUCGUCAAGCAGCAUUAGAAUCUGCUUUAGUAAUAUCUCCUGAUAUUCAUUUUCUUCAAUUGACUUGGAAUCAAGAUCGAUCCGAUAUUAAUACACCAAAACUACACUAUGAAUAUAAUACAAGUUCAAGUAAUGAACAAGUAUUAUUACGACCAGUAUUAAAUAUAGCUGAACAAGGAAUUGUACCAAGAAAAACUUCGGCAUUUAGUAUAUUUUUUCCAUGUGUAUUAUCACAACGAGUUAAUUGUUCAAUAUUAUUUCGAUUCUAUAAUGCAACAACAAAUCAUUCAUCAAUGAUUAUAAAUUUAAAGCUUUUAAAAUAUUGUCAAGAUCAAACGAUGAAUUCUUCUGUACUUAAACAAUUUUAUAGUACAAAUCAAAUAAAUGAUUAUUUACUUAUGAAACAAUCUAAUUAUCGAGAUUUUGCAUCAACAACACUUGCAACUAUAUUAGCUUAUUCAUUAGUUAUUGCUAUUGUAGUUUUUCUACUUGUAUUUUGUACGGCUAUGAGUUUAUUUUGUCUUUAUCGGAUGACAACAACAAAACAUAAAAAAUCGGAAAAUUUAAUUGAUGAUAACCAAGAUCAUCCAGCGUUACCUAUGACAUUUGAUAUGACAACUUUUGAAGAUGUUAGUUUAUAUUCAUGUACACAAUACGAUUUUAUGAAAACAGCUGAUGAAUUAUUAUCUUCAGCAACUUUUGCAGAUUGUACUAUUGAUCCAAACCGAGUUACAUUACAUGAAAUUAUUAUGGAAGGAAAAUUUGGUUGUUUAUUUCAUUGUUCUUUGAAUGAUACAUUAACAACUAUGUCAACACAAAAUAUCUAUGGUAAAACUAUAAAUUCAUCUGCAACACCAGUUCAACUCAAUGACAUGUUACAUGAUUGUUGUUUAUUUGCUACAUUAAAACAUUCAAAUAUAAAUAAUCCAUUAGGCAUUGUCUAUAAAAAUGAAUUAUCACCAUAUCCAUUAAUUAUCUAUCCAUAUAGUAACAAAGGAAUUCUUAAACGAUUUAUUAUUCAAAAUCGAACAAGUUCUCGACAACAAUUAUUAUCAACACAAGAACUCGUUUAUAUGGCAAUACAUAUAGCCAAAGGUUUAUAUUUUUUACACAAACGUAAAAUGUUAAUGAAGGAUAUAGGUACACGAAAUUGUUUGUAA